AUGGAGGCUGAGGAUCCCGAUUACCUCUGUGCCCUUGCCUUUUCUCUCAACGAUCGCAACCCAGAUCGCCGCAACGUCGUAGAUCGCCCUCUCAAGAAUGGCGAAUCGAAAAGAGCGGCGGUCCUGGAUGCACUCGCCCGACUCCUCGUUCACAAGGGCAGGGACCAAGUGGUGGCAGUCGGCGCCGGAUUGAACGCUGGCCACGUUGAAUUCUACGUCACAGAGAAUACGGCGGUCUCCCCUCUGACCGUCCCACAUCUGCACAACAUCUGCACGCGGCUCAUCGACAUCCGAGCCACUAUCCAGGCCUCUCCCGACCACGCCGCCAUCCUCCGCACGAUCUCCUCCCCAGUUCAUCUCAAGGCGGAUACCGCGGAGUCUGCCUUCGCCUCUCUCCGCGGCCUCCAACUGUCUCUAGUCAGCCAUUCCAUCGAACGCAUACAGGCCCGGUUCACGAAAUUACACUGGCCCAACAAGGUCGACCAUGUCCUCACAUGCAUCAUAGGUCCUCCCGCGAAAACUCGAGUUGACCUCUCCGAACGCGAGCGACGUGCUCUGGAGGAGCUUCAAGCGUCUACUAUUGUACAGCUGUCUGUCAGACAGCUCGGUGAUGCUGUUCAGCUCAUACGGGAGUCCAUCGAUCAGGGAUCCAACUACGACGUGGACAAAGUACGCCGAGCGUGCAUAGCGCUGGCCACCGUUGUUAAUACCAUACCUGCCCACACGAUGGUCUCCUUCGAUCAGUUUAUUUUCGCAUAUGUCAACCGCAUACAUGAACCUCCCAGAAAGUCACCCAACAUGGCCAAAUGGCUGAAGAAGGUUUCCUUCGUGAUCGCGGAGUAUCGGAGCCUACUCAAAAUUCUCACUACGCCCUCUCUCUCCGCCCUGUUCGGCGAUCAUGUCGUCAUUCAUUCCGUUGUCAACAGGCCGCCGAGGAGAGCUUUUGUCACGAACCUCGAGAUCGGUAACAUCACGACGACGUUCGACGACCUUGGAUUCAAUGCACGUAACUUCAAGAAUAUCCAGGACCUCGUUGUCGAAGUCGCACAUCUAGCCAACCACACCAAGGUGAAGCUUGUUCACUGCGAGUGCGCUUUACUCUGCCAUCUCGACCAGCUUGGACAAGCGAUGCUGCCAUACAUUGGGGUUUCGAAACUGUCUUGUGCGUUCUGCGAUAUGUACUUCGACUGCUACCGGCGCAACAAGGAAUCCGAGGUGCGCACUCGUGGAACCUACGGGCAGACCACCGCGUGGAUGUGGCCCGACCUCCCCGACGACGGCCCUAUCAGGACGAUGUUUUGCAGGAAGCUCCGCCUAUAUCUCCAGGAGAGGCUUGAGGACGCGAAGGCACAGAGUAGGGCAUCAAUGGACUCUCAAAGCACGUCGGCCUCCGACGACAUCGAAGGCGUAAACGAUUGGAUGAGACUUUAUGAAGAUUGACCGAGUAACAGACAGAGUUUAGGGUGAUGUGCAUAGCGACGUUGUGAAGUGAAUUGGAUUGAUUUGUACAGUAUGUAGUAUGUUUUGGGUGUUUCUUUUUUCUCUGAAAUAUGUAUACUGUGAUCUGUGUUCUAACUAGAGAUACAGAUGUAUCCUUAUAACAACAUCUUGUGAGGGCUGGGCGUAGUAGUGCUGAUGC